GUCCCACCUUCUACCAUGGAGCUGAGGCAGCCAUCCCCACCUCCCACGUCACCCCUGCCAGAGAUGGAUGAUGGGGACAAACCCUGCAGUAUGGAUGUCACCGACAUGGCCUUAGAUGGCACCACGAUGCUCAUUGGCCUCUUGGGGCUGGUGGGGAACGGGGCUGUCCUCUGGCUCCUUGGCUUCCGCAUCCACAGGAACCCCAUCACUGUCUACAUCCUCAACUUGGCCGUCUCUGACUUCACCUUCCUCCUCUUCGUGGUCACCUCCUCCCUCUUAUACCUGCUGGAGAACUUCUCCUGCUCCACUCUCGUGCCUUUGGUCUACCUGAGGACACUUUUCCUGCUCUCCUUGUUCUCCUACAACAUGGGGCUCUAUCUCCUCACAGCCAUCAGCAUCGAGAGGUGUGUGUCCAUCCUCUGCCCCCUCUGGUACCGCUGCCGCCGCCCCCAGUGUUUGUCAGCCGUGGUGUGUGCCCUGCUCUGGGCUCUCUCCGUGGCUGUCAUUGCUGCAGUGACUUCCCUGUGCCUGUUCCACGAGCAUGAGCCCUGCAGGAUGGCUCUCAUCUCCAUGUACCUCCUCAACUUCCUCAUCUUUGCCCCACCCAUGGUCAUUUCCAACGUGAUCCUGUUCAUUAAGGUCCUUUGUGGCUCCACGAGACGUCAGCCCAAGAGGGUCUACAUCGUUAUCUUCCUCACCGUCCUCUUCUUCCUCAUCUUUGGGGUUCCCCUCAGCAUCUGGAAUUUCCUGCAGCAGUUCAGCUACUCCCUCGUGUCCUCCCAGGUGGUUUUCCUGCUCGCCAGCAUCAACAGCAGCAUCAACCCCUUCAUCUACUUCUUGGUGGGGAGCUGCCGGAGGCACUGCUCCUUGGUGUCCCUCCAGGUCGCCUUCCAGAGGGUCUUUGAAGAGACAGGGGUCACCACCAUCUCCAGCUAAGUGGCCACUGUGGUCACACUGGCCACACUGCCCAC